AAAAAAGAAAGAAAGCUUUCUUCAAGCGUUUAACAUCAAGGGAGAAAACGAAGCGUACAAAUAAAUACUAUUUAAUUUCAACACUGUGUUUCCGGUAUUCCGAGUUGAAAGAAAAUUACGAGAAACCGAAAAGGAAGAAGCGUGAACACAUGCGAUAGAAGAAAUUGAUCAUGCACGGUCGUAAAGCGGAACACCGAUUAUCUGAACAAGGUGCGGUAAUCCGGUAUCGAUAACUGUGUACACGUAUAUACGUAUAUUAUCGAAACACGUUCGCGGAUAGUAUCGGCAUAAACGUUCGUUGGAGAACGUGUGGCAGGAACGACGUCCGCGUCAGUCUCGUGGCGCAGCUGCUGAGAGCGCCGUUGGCACAACAUCGAUCGCGCACAGUCGGCCAUAACCUCUGUAACUCGGUUCGUUCUUCACCCUGGCCUCGCGGACCGAAGCACGAAAAUUGCGCAGGAACAAACAAAAUCGCGAUGGAACGAAGCUAGGUGGGAUUUCGUGGAUCGUUGGUCGAAUAUCAUCGAGAGGAGAGGAAGUGUGGAAACGGUGUGAUUUGGGCUUGGCGUUGUCCACGAUAGAAGAAGACGUUCAAUCGUUGUGCAACACCCUUUCCAAACGGUGUCCAGUUUCGGUGGAAACGCGUCGACGCCUCGACCUCGUCGACGACGAUUCGUCGAGCGUUGACGAGACGGCGAGAAAUAAAACGUCGAAGGUAGUAAAUCGAAGAGGGACGUUGAUGGGAGUCGAACUGCAGUGCGGUUGCGGCUUGGAUGCAUCGUAGCGGGUGAUUCCCCUGGGAAGGAAGUGGAAUAAGAGGUCCAGCCUCUUGGAACAGACGAGCAUGAGUGCUCGUGGCUCGUGGACGCGUGCAACGACGCGUGUUUCUUCUCGAUAGCGGCGUCUGCACGCCGCGGACGUCGUCGUCUGACGUCAUUAGUUCCGGCGGGAAAACCGACAAUAAUUAAAAACGCACAUUGGAAACAUGGUGGACAAGGAAGACGUGCUCGUCAACCUCCAUUAUCUACCGAUCUUCCUCUUCGUUUCAUUGCCUUCCGUCUUUAUUUUGACUUAUAUAAUAGCAGUUAUGUUGGGCCACGUGGAAGCCGGGUUUCCUUACAUCUCGGAUACAGCCACUUAUGCACCAGAAAGCUGUAUAUUCUCCCAAUUUAUCAACAUGUUCGCGAUGCUCAUGUCGUUCGUAGUCUAUAUAAGGUAUUCCCAAGUGAAAGAAUGUUCGAGCACUUUUAGAUUGCAAACCUCCCUACCGAAAUGGAAUCACUGGGCUUUAAUUUUUGGCCUAUUAUCGACCUUUGGCCUAUCGGUCGUAGCGAAUUUUCAAGAGACCUCCGUUCUCGUCGUACACUUUAUUGGCGCUCUGCUCUGCUUCGGUGGUGGUACCGCAUAUUUUUGGACACAGGCUGUGUGCACGUUCUACCUUCAUCCGCUCGGAUGUUCGUUGAGACUCGCUCACAUACGAACGGCAUUGUCAACCUUUUGCACCGUUUGUUUCGUCGUAACUCUGAUCACCGGUGUGCUGGCACGCUUGGCUUACAAGGGUUGGCACGAAUCCUCGAAAAUGGUACAGGGAGGACGGCGGAUGGGAGCUCCACGUGGCCAGCACGAUCACGGAAUGGCUGUGCGCUGGUGCAUUCGCCGUGUACAUUUUGACCUUCUCCGAGGAAUUUCGCGAUGUCAAAGUUAUCCAUCCGAAGUGUGCACCCUGAGCCGAACGAGACUGAGCAACGAGACGUUGAACGAGAGCCAGGAUUCGAUGGGUCAGAACGAAAGCGCAAGGACGAUCACCUGAUCGCUCAUAGGCAGAGGCGCCGGUGGUUACGUCAACCUCCUCUCGCAUUCACCAGUGAACACCCCGUGUCCCGGUUACAGGUACCGUGAAUCCCGCGAACCCCUAUUGGACGAGGCCGCGCCCCUGAUCGCGACCACGCCACCAGCCGCC